GACUUGGACUCCUUGAAGUCAGGACACGACCACGGCCUGAACUAAACAUAUUAAAAUUUUGAGCAGGAUGAUCAACGAGCAACCCAAACACAUUCCAUUUUCCUUCUUUGUUUCUUUGUUGCGUGAGAUCACCGAUAUUCCAGCGCAUAAUACAUCCAUUCUCGGACGGUGGGUAGAAGCCCUCAAGAAGAAUUAUUCACCUUUACCUCGAGAUACUACUGCACACGUUCUGCGUCUUUUAUUUCCUGAAGAGGACUCACACAGGAAGUAUGACCUACAAGAAUCAAGGCUAUCGCAGCUCCUGCCAGAAUGCCUAGACAAUUCUACCGUCCCGCAUAUCUCUGCCGCUCGUCUGAAACAGUGGGGUAUGCAACAGAACUCGGGAUGCCUCGGCCAGGAAAUCCUUGCUUUACAAUCAUCAGAUUCCGAGUUAUUCAUUGGCCCAAAGAGUCUCCAGGAGAUCAACGUAUUGCUAGACGAAUUGGCAUCUACCUCCGUGUUUUCUGACAAGGCCCUCCACGCGGCCCAUUCUCUGUCGCCACAACGGUCUAAAUCUGCUAUUUUGCGGUCUUUAUAUGAAUCACUCCCUGUACUCGACGCUGCUUAUCUCACACAGAUUAUUUUGAAAGAUCUGAGACCCAUCCUAUACGCUCCCCCUGUUACAUCCACAAGUCGUGUUCUCCUUGACUACAACACGAAUAGCAAGCCAAUGCUGACCAAGGAGGACUUCAUGAGGACUUGGGACCCCAGCGGCUCCAUGUUGAAGAUGUACAGAGCGCGCGCUAAUAUGACUGAAGCAGCCCUGGGUUUUGAGGCUGGAGGUGCGAUUUCACACCCGAGGCCGCGCUGGGGUAUUCCUGUCGAGAUACCGAAAUCCGCAAAGGGCCGUAGCCCGCGGCAUGCACUUAAUGUUCUCAGGCGAAGUAGCACCAUCUGGGCAGAAACCAAGUAUGAUGGCGAGCGUGCGCAGAUUCAUGUCCGAUUGCGCGACGAAGGUGAUCCACAAAUCACAAUUUUCAGUAAGAGCAAGAGGGAUUCGACGCUUGACCGCAUUGCGGUACACCCCAUAAUUAAAGAGGCUCUUGCUGGCUAUAGUAUGGGAGACAUCAUACUUGAUACAGAGAUGGUUGCGUAUUCUGAUGUGCGGCACACAAUAGAAGAGUUUUGGCACAUACGCGGCUUAAUAGCCCGCACUGCUAAGGGCGCCCGGGCAGGCGGAUAUCGAAGAGGUGAAACGCAGCAUGAUUCGCACACACAAGAAUCUUGUCCUUCACUCCAUUCCAAUGCGUCGUCAAUAACGUCCACCUUGCAUCUCGCACUCGUUUUCUUUGAUGUCUUGCAAGUGGGCGCAGCCUCCAUGUUGAACGCACCAUACCAUAUGCGCCGGUCACUCCUUGAGAGUAUCAUCACCCCAGUUCCAGGGCGUUCGAUAUUGGCCGAGCGGGCAGUCAUCAUAGAUGGGAAUGUGCAAGAGCUCGAGGGGCAAAAGAGACUGAGGGAAGUAUGGGCCCAGCGAAUUACAGACUGUGAGGAAGGGCUGGUACUCAAAGCUGGAGAGAGCACCUAUGGAGACUGGAAACUCCCUUGGGUUAAGCUGAAAAAGGAUUAUAUCCCUGGGUAUGGUGAUACCAUUGAUCUUGUCGUAAUCGCUGCUGCUUGGGAGAAAGACAGGGCUAGAGAUCUGAGAGUGUCGCCAUCGACUCUAACUACUUUCUACAUCGCCGCCCUAACCAACUCGUCGCAAAUGAAGAGUGAUCCUAGUCGCAAACCUCACUUUGUUGCAUACUUCACUGCUUCAUAUGGUUUAUCCCGCGAGCAGCUUGAAGAAUUCAAUUUCUGGAUACGCGCAGACGCGAUUGAUGGUCCCGAGCCGCAUAUUAGUGAACUCUCCUACACGUACGCUAUGUUCCAGACGCUGCCAAAGCCAUCCGUGUUCGUUCGGAACCCGAUUUUGGUAGAGUUAUGUGGUGCAGGGUUCACUAAGGCGUUGCAGAGCAAGUACUACGAGCUCCGCUUUCCGCGCAUCACGAAGCCCUUUCGGCCGUCUGAGAGGUCCUAUACGGAAUGCCUCACCCUCCGUGAGCUACAGACUAUAGCUUUAGAGGCAGUUGGGCGACAGACCCGUGAUGCCGCGAAGUAUAAGGACCUGGAUGACUGGGGAAGAGGAUUGUGGGGUAAACCGGGAGACGACACUGCCGAGGAGCAAAAAAGAGAGCUCAAAAGGCGACGGUCCAUGGCAUGCUGGGAAGAGAAGCUGGAGAUCAUUGAUAGUGAGAGGAGUGGAAAGAGAAGGAAGGAAAACCUGGAGAUGUCGCCAUAAGAAGUUCAACAGACGCAUCAUCCAUCGAUGACGUACAGCACGAGAUCGUUGUGUUUUUGCCUUUUCCCCAUGGCCGACUAGCUCAGUUGGUUAGAGCGUCGUGCUAAUAC